AUGGUGAUGACCUGCCAAUUCUUCGGUGGUAUACCCCUAUUCAGCAAUGAAGCUGCUGAAUUGUCGUUGGAAUCCAACGUAAUGCAACGCUUCAAGGACAUCAAACAUUUCACUGAUUUGGUCAGGCAGUUCAUGCUUCCAAAUAAUUAUGUUCCUAGUUCUAAAUUUGUCAAAUGUCUGUACAGUGCAAAAGAGCUACACAGAGCAGGGGUGGACUUUGUGCCACGAAGUAACAAGUGCUUAACUGACGCAUUGUUUAAUAAAAAGGGUAAGAUAUUGGAGGUCCCUACAUUUAUGGUGGAAGACACCACAGAGUGCCUUAUAAGGAACGUCAUGGUGUUGGAGCAGUGUCUUUAUCCAUUUGAGGCUCAUAUCUGCAAUUAUAUUUCCCUGCUCGAUAAACUUAUCAACACUGAUGAAGAUGUGGAAUUGUUGCAUGAGCCCGCUUUACCUUACAUAGACAGACUGGCCUCUCUUCGACAAAGUAGGAGGGAGGAAACGGAAAAAAUUACGAAAGCAGAUAGAAGGGUGGGAGAGCAGAGAAAUCGCGAGAAUGAGUUGUUGAAUGAGAUGGUGGAGGAGGAAGAGGUAGUAGACGUGGACGACAAGGAAGGUGGUGGUGUUGGUGGUGACUCGCAUUGGUGGUGGGGAAUGGCGAGCGCAGCCCAGUUGGGAUGGGGAAUAGUGUCGUUCAGAAGAGGGUAUACAGGGCAAUCCAACCUCAUGCCCUUCAAAGCCUUCGCCGUUGCCUCCCUCUUCGUCGGCUCCGCUGCCUCUGCCUCCGUCGCAUCCCUUCAUUCCUCCGACAUCCACAAGGUGGAAGAUUUAAUGGAAGUGGGUGCAAGUAUAAGGACUGGACUUGGGAUUCGUCCACGGACACGAGAAGAAUAACAAUUUACCAAAAUUAUUAUUGUUGCUUCAAAAAUCCUAAAUUUUCGUGUACACGUACUUGAAAUCAUUGUAAAACUGUCGGUUUUAAAAGUAAUAGUUUCGAUGUCGUUUCCUUUCU